ACGACAGUUUUGAGAGAAAGCACGUGCCCCGUGGAGGGUCAGAGUGCAAUCAUACAACAGGGUGCACAAGCGAUGAUCGGGGGGAUCUUCAGUCUUAGAGGUCCCGGGACUGCGGGAUUUGGGUGUGGCGAUAUCGAUACAGCGAUGAUGCAGUCCUAUGAGGCUAUUAGAUGGGCUCUAGACAGACUUAACAAAAAGAAUAUCAUCCUGAAUGGACAAUUUUUGAACGACAGUUACAUUCCUGGAGUGAAAUUGGGUAUGAAGGUCUUCGAUUAUUGUGGUCAGAAAUCCAUAGCCCUGGGUAGUGCGCAGGGAUUGUACCCUCAGUUUAGUGCUGAAUCCAGGGACUGUGUUAAAAACGACUCACAACUCAUGCUGGGUUUGGUUGGAGCAAGUUCUAGUUCAGUGACCGUAGAGCUGAACAGCUUUGCCACAAUGAACAGCAUCCCACUGGUGUCUCCAACGUCUACAGCUACUGAUUUAAGUAACACAGAAAAAUUCCCCUAUUUCAUGAGGACGGUCCCCACUGAUGGUCCCUUAAUGGAUGCAAUUGUUGCAUUCAUGAACGAGGUAAACUGGAAGUAUGUUGUCGUCAUUUACACGGAGGAUACUUAUGGAGAAGCAGCAUUGGUGGAGAUCAAACCUCGACUGGUAGCGGCCGACAAAUGUCUGACCAUGGCAAUAUCCACCCCAUCCGACGACGACAGCGAUUCUACAAUAGACAGACUAUUGUCUAAAGCGCUGUCAACAGAAGCAACCGGAAUCAUUUAUCUUGGAAGUAGAACAGUGGCCCGUGCUUUAUUAAAGAGAGGCGAAGUUAAACCUGCUGCAGGGAAACUUCAGUGGAUAUUUACUGACAGCAUUUCUCUCUCUGAAAAUUUUCCCAACCAAAAAUAUCCUAGAGGUAUUAUUUCCGUCCUAUCAGGAUCUCGUAAAAUUAUAGAAUUUGAAGAUCACUGGGUUAGGAUAGACGUCAACAACCCAUCAGCAGAGAACCCUUGGUACAAAGAUUGGUACAUGACAGAAAAUGACUGUCGUCUGCCCAGUAAUACUAAUCCGAAAUUCAACAACAAACCUGCAUGUCCAACGCUUUCGGAGGCUGAGAGACGUAACUCGUUUGUCCAAGAUCAGUUUGUGGAACCCUCUGUUCACGCUGUGUUUGGAUAUGCUUACGCAUUGAGGAAGGCUCACCAAGACAAAUGUAAUGGAAUCCCUGGGCUCUGUACAGCUUUGUCUGCCAUGACGACCAAGGAAUUCUACGAAAAUUAUCUACGAGCUGUUGACUUUACAUACACAAAGGAAGAGAGAGUUGAAAGUUUGGCAUCCGUUGGACUUGAACCUUAUAAUGCACCAGCAAAAGUCAAAUUUGAUGCAAAUGGAGACAUCAUAAACCCAACAUACGAUAUUUACAAUUUUAAUGACUAUCCAGGAAGUCAGCCUUUUAAGUUCAAGAGACUGGGAUCACAUAUAAAUGGACGUCUGGAAAUCUUCAGUAACAGAAUUCGAAUGUACGAUAACAGCAGAGACACCCUGUUGAAUCCUCUACCGUCCUCACUCUGUCCCAGCACGGGUUGUAUUCCUUGCAUAGGAACUACUAACACUUACCCGUACAUGUAUCAGCCUGGAGACGUCAUCAUAAAUGGAAUUUUCACUGUUCAUUUAUCUGGAAUUGAACCUUUACGAUGCGGGGCUUUCAGGAAAGGACUUAGACCAGGAGCAAAGAUGGUAGAAGCUAUGAUUUAUGCUAUCAAAGAAGUAAAUAACAGGGGUAUUCUCAAAAAUGUUAAAUUGGGUGGGCUUGGUUUUGAUGAUUGUUUGAAUCCAGUUCUUGGAAAGCUUCUUGUGUCGGAAGUUCAUCAGCAUUCACGAACCAUCAUGGAUUCUUCUAACAAUGCCCUUAACCCAAACACCAUCGAUGUGUAUAUGGGAUCGUUAUUGUACAAACCCACUAUUCCUUUGGCAUCAUUAAUGAAUGAUUUGAAAAGACCACUACUGGGGUACUAUUCUUCAAGCAUGCGACUUCAGUCUUAUCCAUUUUACAGAUAUAUUUUCCCUUCCAAUUAUUAUACACUGAAGGCUAUAGUUCUGAUGUUAAAACGACUUGGAUGGAACUAUGUACAAGCUGUGCAGAGUAAUUUUGAAUACUAUGAUGUAGCGUUUAUGAAUUUUAAAAUGUUGGCGGCUGAAGAAGGAAUAUGCGUUGUAUCUCAUUUUGUUUUUGGAAGGGAUGGAAAUACAUCAAAGGUUCUUAACAUGCUAAAGCAUGAAAUGAAUGUAAGGCCUGUCUUCCUACUUGCUUCUGAUACCGAUACACAGACAUUCUUAACCACUGUCAGAGUAAACAAUGCUGGUGGCAUGUUUCAUUAUUUUACACAUGGAAUGGAAGCUCGAUAUUUGCAAGGCGUAGAAGACAUGGCAGAUGGUUUAUGGAACGUCCAUGUCGAUCCCCUGAACAUGCAAGGCUUUUAUGAUCAUCUUUCCAGACUUCAACCCAACACAUAUUCGGACAACCCCUGGUUCAAAGAAUGGUAUGAAGAAACUUACAACUGUUCACUGGAUGCCUCAAAUAUGAGAUCAUAUAAAACAGUUUGUGCCGACUCAUCUCUAAAUCCAAUUACAAAUAAAAUCAGCAAAUCUGAUGUUGACAUUGCUGCCUCUCCAGUCGUGGCUGGUGUGUAUGCUGCAGCGUACGCAUUAAAUGAGACUCUCAAACAUUACUGUGGGACAUCCUACAGUGGAAUUUGCAGUAAUUUUCUAACAGCAGCUAAUAAAGGCAACGUUUUACUGCAGAAGAUUGAUGAAUUAGCAUUUGAAGUAGAGGCUGGCAAAAUAUUCAGAAUGAAGGAUAAAAGUGCCAACUUUAUUAUUAACUACCAGAACUUCAGAAAUGGUGCAUUUAUACGGGUCGGAAGCUAUAACUUUGAGACAAAUGACUUGUCGAUUCAGACUGGACAGGUUAGAUUAUAUGGCGAUGCCCUAGCAACUACUAUUACUCCUCACUGCACAGAAUUCUGCGCUACCUGCCUGUACAUGUUUAGCAAUCAGAACUACCUGGAUAUUCCAGGUGACGUCAUUAUUCCUGCUAUGUUUGAUGUUCAUUAUCCAGGACGACUCCCAUAUCUAUGUGGAGACUUUCGAUCAAAAAACGGCUUCCAAAAUACCGAGGCUUUCAAGUUUGCAAUUGAAAGAAUCAACUCUAGAAAUGCGUCUGUCAAACUUAACCCUGGCGUAAAAUUGGGUGGAAUCGGUUUUGAUGGUUGCAUGGACAAAAACAGAGCUUCGACAUUAGUAUCAGCCUUAUAUGCCGGAGUAUUUCCCUUAGAUAACGGCCGAUUUACAAUUCCUUUGCAGAAGUUUACUUACUGGCUGACUUACAGCAAUGACUUUACCAUUGACACAGCAGGUCAACAAAUGGGUGUCGUCACACCAGGUGCGACAAGUCCAAUUCUGGAUGAUAAAACAGAAUUUAAAAACUUCUUCCGAACUAUUCCGUCAGAUAGUAUGAUAGCCAAGGCCAUGGCUCAGACAGCGAAAACGUUGGGUUUUGAAUACAUAAUUUCACUGAACGCACCAGAAGAAGGUGCCAGAGAAUCACUCGAAAAAUUUCGGGAGUAUGCAAAAGCUGAAGGGAUAUGUAUUGGAGCCUCUUACGAGUUUGUAUCUGAUGGUACGAUGAAUCAGCUUAUUGAUUACAUUGUAAAGUCCACCAGUCGAGUUGUAGCUGUAUUUGCCGAUCCAGAUCGCUAUAUUGAAGACCUACUGAGAGCAAAAUCCAUUAAUAAUGCUGCGGCAAAUAUCAUCUUUAUGGCCAACAGGGUGUGGUCAAAUCCAAUGAUUUCCAACGUUCCAUCAAAUCUAUUAGCUUUUGCCGAGAGAUCCUUGAUGUUUGGUAUGCCUCAGGUCCCUAUUUCAGAAUUCCGAAACUACCUUAGCAACAAAUAUCCAAACACUUAUAAGGAAAACCUCUGGUUCUAUGAUUAUUAUCAGGACUUCUAUAAGUGUAACCUUGGUGAAAACUGGAAAUAUCCAUCCCAGUGCGUUAAUCCAGACGGCAGACCCAUAACAUCAUCUUCAGGAGUGUUUGUGGAAGAUUACACAGUGCUGCCAACCAUCCAUGCUGUGGAAGCCAUUGCUCACGGUGUCCAUAAAACUCUCGAGAUGAAAUGUGGAGUCGGAUAUACACAUGUUUGCUCAAAAUAUCUGACGGAUAUAAAUACCCAACAAAUGAUCAAUGAAUUCAUGGAUAACAUGACGUAUACCGAUAUUCUAAAUGAAGCAUUCCGAUUUGAAGAAAGAGAAGUUGAAAAGGGCAUGAAAGUUUUUGUAAUGAAUAAUUACUCACCAACUGAGCAAGGAACAUUUGACCAUCUCAAAGUUACGCUGGAUGCAACUUUCCCUACCCAGAAUUAUGCAAACAUUCCUGCCAAAUGUGUUGGUGACUGCGCUGUGUGCUAUGAGAAAGGUGUUGGCACUGAGAAAUUCACAUAUUUCCCCGCAGACAUCAUGUUGAUAGGUUUAUUCGACGUACAUAAGAAAGGUCCAACGCCUUAUACAUGUGGAGAGAUAAAUCACAAGCAUGGCGUACAGCUAGUAGAGGCCUUCCAUUACGCCAUUGAGUACGUAAACAGUCGAAGUGAUAUUCUACCAAGAGUAACCCUUGGCGGUAUAGCUCUUGACGUUUGUGAAAGUCCCGAACGCGCAGGAAAUCUUGUGGCCAACAUACACAGCAAGAAUUUGGAACUUAAGAAUAAUGAAAAUAUCUUGGAUCCUGCUAGGUUUGAUGCAUAUAUUGGAACAAUUGAAAGCGAGUCCUCCAUCCGAGUUGCAGAUGUCUUGAAUUCUCUUGGUAUACCCCAGAUAAGUUACGGAGCGACGACGCUGAAGUUAAUGGACCAGAUGAAAUACCGCUAUUUCAUAAGAACUGUUCCAGCAGAUGACAAACAAGCUCGAGCAAUUGUUUCAUUUUUGAAAAGAUUUAAGCUCUACCAUGUUCAAGUCAUCCAUUCCUUUGACAGUGUUGGAGAAUUUGGUCGAGAAGAAUUUUCACGACUGGCUUUUCUUAACAGAAUAUGUAUUGCUCAGAACAUAACUGUGGGACGAAGCGGGCCAGUUCAAGCAACAGAAGCUAGAUCUGCCUUGGCUCAACUUUACAACAAAGCAGAUGCUAAAGUAGUCAUUCUUUUUGUUGAUGACCCGAUGCCAUUUUUAGAGGAAAUUGAGAAAGAUUACUCUCUUAGAAGUGCUUUUAGAUUCAUUGGAACAGACAAAUGGGGUGAAGAUCCAGAUAUCUGGAAUGGACUUGAAAAUAUAAAGCGAAACAGAACUGCGGUGACAUUUGACAUUGAGACCGCUGACCUACCACUCUUUGACAAAUAUCUAGAGGAUAAGACUCCAGAUACCUACACAUUUAACCCCUGGUUUAAUGAGUAUUAUGAGCUCGUCUACAAUUGUUCCCUAUCUAGUGGAAGUAAAGUACCUUGCCCUACAAGAAAGUAUGGAAUUCCAAGAGCCAAGGGCUAUAUCCAGGACCGAUAUGUUCUUUAUGUCGUCAAUGCCGUUCUUUCUGCAGCUAUUGGGACACAGAAAGCUAUUGAGAAACUCUGUCCACCCGAUACUCAAGGCCUGUGCAAUCUGUUCCGUACCAGCGGAGAGAGGCGCCAAGAAAUAUUAAAUGGUGCCAAACAGGCUCGCUUCGAGGAUGCCACACAACAACCUUUUUUCUUUACGGCAGACGGACAAAGUGAUCGUGGUUAUCAUAUCUGGGAGUCCCUCCAGGUCCCAGGCCAACCAGACAAUUAUUAUCUUGAAGACGUUGGAAGCUACAAUGAUACGCAUUAUCUGAAGAUAGAUGCUAGAUACGACCCAAACUGGUACGCACCAUGCGAUGGGGUUGCUUCUUGCAACUGUCCUUUUCCCGAAUACCAGCCUUCUAGGUAUAUGUUAAAUGCAUCCAGAAACCAACUUAACGUCGUGUAUCUGUCUGACAUUCAUGAAUCAGAUCCAUAUAACCCUUAUGCUUGUGGAAAGAUUGACACUGCUUCAAACUUCCAGAAUCUGAUGGCUUUCUUUUACGCAUUAAACUUGGUUAAUCAGUAUGUUAACUUUCCUGCCACACUGAAACUUGGAGGUAUAGCUUUAGAUACCUGCUCCACAACAGGUAGGAUAGGACAAGAUUUGUACAGUUUACUCAGCGGAGAGGGAAUUUGCGGAGACGAAGGUGUUGGACAGGUGAUAGACCCAUCAACCAUUGUUGUUCACUUGGCUAAAAAUUCGGAAAAUGCCAUUGCUACGAGUAGUAUCCUAUCUCCAUUGAAAAUAACCAGCAUGAGUCAGAGUGCAACCUCUGUGGAACUUAGUGAUAAAACCAUUCACAAUUACUUCCUCAGAACGGUUCCUCCUGACAAUAUCCAGGCAAUUGUCAUGGCUGAAGUCAUCACAGCAUUUGGAUGGGAUUACAUAUCUGCCGUCUACACGGAGAACGCAUAUGGCAAAUCUGCAAUUAAAACCUUCUUAGAGAAUACAGCCAUGAACAAGAAAACUUGUACUACUCUGACAUCGUCCAUGAAAACUGAUGCUACGAUUGUAAAUGCCAGGAGUGUCAUUGAUAGUCUUAACCAGAGAGUUGGCGCUCGUGUUGUUGUCCUGUUUGUUACAGCUCAUCAUGCAAGACUUUUACUACAAGCAACUUCAGAAGCAGGUCUGAAUCAGCGAUUCAUCUGGUUUGGAAGUGAUACUUGGUCAAAUGAUAUGUCUGUAGUAAAAGGUUACGAAGACGUUGCUUUAGGAGCUUUGACUAUCCAAAUUAAAUCUGAGAUCAUCAACAACUUCAAAGCGUUUUUGAAAACUCUUUCUUUCCAAAAUCGUCAUGGCCUCCCCGAUGAUUGGUUUGAAGACAUUUAUCAAACAUUACACCAAUGUAGGAUUCUAACAAGCUCAGUCAGAAAAACCUACACACAGAUUUGUGCAGGAAAUGAGCAGGUCACAGACGCCAUGAUACCCCAAGAUCCAUAUGUACUACAUACUAUUAUAUCUGUUUUCAUGAUCGCACAGGGUUUAAACCGAAUUGAUGCUUGCAAAUCAUCUAAUUUGGGAAUCUACUCUUGCCUAUCCCUUCAAGAAAAUAAACUAGAUCUUAUUUACAACGGUAUUUCUGGGGCACAGUAUCGUGUUUUGCCAAAUGACUUGGGCGAUAAAUCGUUCAAUUUCAGAUUUACAGAUGGUGGUUACGGUGACAUUGGAUACAACAUUCUUAAUUUUAGAAGAGAUUCUGCAACUGGACAAUACGAAUAUAAGCAGAUUGGUACAUACCAACAAGAACUAAAUGUCGAGAAAAGCCUCUACCAGGGUUCAAGCUUCGUUGCACGAGCACUUCCAUCGUCUAUUUGUCCAAUUGGAGGGCGCUGCCUGUGUGAGUAUGCCAAUGGCACCACAUACUACCAAGAGCACGAGGGAACCCCAGGAGUCUCAUAUUACAAAUUAGAUGAUGGAAGUUACGUCAAUGCACAAACAGGACAAGUAAUUCAAGUUGAAAAUGCUCCUGAAAUUGAUGAUCGUUUCCGGGAUAUUUGGGGCAUUAUUGUUGCAACCUUAGCUGGUAUUGGAGUGUUUGCUUCUCUUUGUGUGUUCAUCUACCUAUUGGUCAACUACCCAUUCAAAAGUGGAACAACGGUUUUAGGAUUUAUGUUAUCGUUUGGUAUUGUUUUAAUGUAUGCCAUGGUGUUUGCUUUUAUCGUUCACGCCACGGAAGAAGUUUGUGGUCUUCGAAGGUUCUGCCUUGGUCUUGUCUAUGUGAUCUGUUAUUCAGCGUUGUUCUUAAAGGUGAUUGACUGCUGGAGAAAUAAGGAGAAAGAAGUUGAGUAUGUGUCGCAUUAUAAAAAGCUCGGGAAACCACUGGGUCUUUUCUUUGUGGCCUGUCUUCUUGUCCUCAUUCAGUGUCUGAUAAACACAGAAUGGUUGAUCUUAGAAAGUCCCACGAUGGAACGUGUUAUAUACAACAAUAUGUUGUGGCCUCGUUGUAUGCCAGACGAUUUCUACGAUGAAGGUCUAGUGCUGUCUCUUGUUUACAUCAUGGUUAUUAUUUGUUUAAGUGUUAUUCUUGGUUUGUUUUCAUGGAAAUCAACCAAGAAUCACAGGGAAGUCAGAUGGAUCCUGGGUAUUUUUGCUUUGGGAAUUCCAGUGUGGGUAGUCUCUUGUGUUAUUGCUACGCUAGGAGAAUACAAAAUGCGAGACCCUGCCAUAGCCAUAAGUCUUCUGAUGAAUGCCACCAUCAUGUUUGUGCUAGGUCCGCUGCGCAGAGUGUACCUUCUCAAUAACUUUGACGCCAAACUCGAGCAAGAGGAAGAGGAACAUAGAAGCGUCAGAGACUCUAUGUACGGACGACAGUAUGACAAUGUGGGUAUGCUUCACGACACUAACUCAAUGCGGGGCAGUAUGAAUGUACAAGAACAAAUGUAUUAUCCUGAGAAAAAUUUACCAUAUUAAGGAUGCGUUUUAUAGAGGAACUUUGAAUUAAGAAAAGAUUCUGCAAACGCUUGAAAAUGGAAUAUGCAGUAAACUGUUCCAAUGGAAUGACCAGAUGGCAUUUUUACUGGUGUCUUGCCAAAUGUCUUCGGUAGACUUUAUAUAUCUUCGGUGCUAUAUGCACUCCGAAAUUCAAGGCUUGCUUCUGUUUACUAGAACAGGGAGAACUUGCUGUGAUAAAUAUUAAUUAAAAGUUCUAGCUUCUAUACAUCUCUUGUUAAGUUGAUUAUGAUAAACCGAAUAUUAUUUGUCCCCGAAUCUCCUAGUGCUAAAAUGAGAAUUAUUCCGCUGAGAACAUUUAGCUAUAGCUAUGGAGUGAAUGAGUGUGAUAUGAAGUGAGAUAUUAGAUGAGAAACAUUUAACACAUUGAAGUAUAGAACCUUUACAUCACUAUGUCACGAAUGAAAGUUGUCUGAAAUAUAUUUAUGUAUAUGAUUUUGUAUAUUGUUUAUGAUGUAAUGAAGUUUUACAUAUAUAGCAUUUUGUAUUUUUUAUAAUA